AUGAAUACUGAUCAACUCAUUUCAGAAGCUCAAGAUCAUUUUAACAAUGGACAACAUGAAGAAGCAGUCGCUAAAUUGACCUCUGCCGCUAGAUCUGAUCCAAACGGUCAACAAGUAACCGUCAUUGAAUCCUUAAUUGAACAAGUAUCCUAUUACGUUGUUCAAAAUGGUGAUCAACAACAAUCUCAAGAUCGUGGGAUGAGCGACGUCCUUUUAAAUACUUUGACUUCAAACGGUAAUGGAUCCACUCAAACUCAGUUAGGAAAAUUAGCCUUGUUAUCCACUAUUAUGUCUUCUUCGAAUAAGCACAAUAACAAUAAUAAUAACAACAAUGGAGGUGGGUUCAACUUAGGAUCAGUUAUGUCUUUGUUCAGCUCGAAUGGUCAUAAUAAUAAUCAACCAAGUUCUAUGUCAAGUUCUGCUUUAGCUUCAUUGGCCGGUCAUUUCUUUAAUCAAGGUCAAAAUAAUGAUAACAAUAAUAAUAAUAAUAGCUAUAGUAAUCAGGGCCAUCAAAACCAAGGUUCGACUACCUUUGGAACUCUAGCUUCUAUGGCACAAUCUUAUAUGUCUUCUGGUAAGCAAAACCAACAUCAACAACAAGGGCAAGGACAGCAUGGUUAUGGUCAAAAUCAAGGUCAAUACAAUAGUAACCAGCAACAAGGUUACAACAACUAUAACAAUCAAAACAAUCAAGGAUAUCAUAACAAUAAUCAAGGAUACAAUCAAGGAUACAAUAACGGUAAUCAAGGCUACAAUCAAAACAAUCAAUGCUAUCAAAAUCAAAAUCAACACCAAAACCAAAACCAAAACCAAAACCAAGAUGGAGCUCUCUCGGGCUUGAUGUCAAUGGCCUCUAGCUAUUUAAUGGGUUCUAGUGACGGUAGUUCUCAUUAUCAAGGUCAAGGUCAAGGCCAAGGUUAUUCUCAGGGUCAACAUUACAAUCAGGAUCAGAACCAGAAUCAACAUCAAAAUUACAAUCAGAACCAGAAUCAAAAUUAUGAUCAAAACUAUAAUCAAAACCAGUACCAAAGUCAAUAUCAGAAUUCAAACCAAGGAACGUAUACCAAUAACGGAAAUCAAAAUGAAACUUUUGAUUUCUCAGGCAAUUUUGCUCCAGGAAACAAUAACAACAGGCCUUAUUAA